AUGGCUCCUGUGCCCUUUACCGCUUUCCUCUGGCAAGGGGAGCCGCUUGAAGAUCCCGUCCCUGCCCAAGCAGCCUCCCCCAACAGCGUUCAGCUCGCAUCCUACUUUCGCCGCAACAGAAGAGCUGUGCCAGAUGAAGUUGCCGCGGCCGCCCUUGCCCAACGUCGGCAAGAGAGCGAUGCGCAUACUUUUGAGUACGCCGGCAAAGACGACUUCGAGAGGGACGAGUACGCUCUGGCCAAGACCGGGACAGCCUGGCUCACAGAGUGCAUUUGUACUUCUGUCCAUGGGAAGCCUCGCGACCUUGUUGAGGAAUGCCAUGUAAGCUGUCCUGUGUCUCUCAUUUCCAUCCGAACCGUUGUCUUACUCUGGAAACCCGCCGUCAAGACUAUCCAACGCCUCUUCACACCAAAGGUCAUUGUCAGGCAGAAGCAGGAGUACUACGCCAGCUUUGACCUAGAGACUUCUUCCCGCGUCCUCGCUAUGGCCUGCUACCUCUUCCUGGAGAAGAAGAAUACCUCGGACUGUACAGCAUGCACUUCGGCAAGGGGAAGCGGUCCUGGCGUUGAGUGUGUUGUUGGCGGCCAUGCGGAUCUCAAGCAUGCCUGUACCAACUGCUACUAUUCUGGCACUAGCAAGAAGUGCUCUCUUCGCGUUGGUAAGCUCCCUUGCUCUACAGAAUCUAGCCAGAGGCUGAUAAGAACAGUAUACGAGGAAGAGCAGGCAAGAGCUGCGGCUCUCCUAGAGAAGAAAGGGCUCGUCUUCAAUCCAGACAUUAUUGCACAAUUACCAUUGGAUGACGUCAAGGCCUUGCACAUGAAGUUCGAGCAAGAACUUGAGAAUCGUCGCGCCGCCGUCAGUGAGAUUGAUGUCUCGCAGGGCAAGAAACGCCGCAUGGCAUGA